AUGCGGUGUUUUUCGGUAGACAUAUGGCUAGGAUUUCUAAAGAUGGUCAGUUUGGGCAUAGGUGAGAGGAUCAGGAUGUUGUACGCUGAUUCGACCGAACCCGUUGUGAGCGAUGAGCUCCUCAAUAGUCUGGAAGAUCUGCAACUUGAAAUCGUCAGGGUGACAUCUACUUUCACGAAAUGUGGCACGCCAGGAUACACAGUACAAGACAUAGAAACUCUUAUAUUGGAUGGAUGUGCAGUUGUACUACUAACCGCCAAGAAUAUUGAGAACAAAUGGGAGACGGUGGUAGAAAUAGGUAACACUUUAAGUGACCUGAUUUCGUUUCUAAACAUUAAUAUCGCAAAAAUCAAUGGACUUCUAGCACCAGCCCGAGAAACUCACUAUCGAGAUCGAGCAUCUGGAGAUAGAGCCGCAACGAUCGAUGUUCAACAGCUUAGGGACUGUUGUAAGGAAAUCAUUGGAUUCAUGACGAAAACGGCCUAUGGACUCAGUAUUGUGAAGAUAAAAAUUUUGGAGAAACGGCAUGAACUAUUUCAGCAACCCGGACUAUUCAAAAGCAUACCGCCAGAUGUUUUCAAACGCGGCAUACAUACUUCGGAGUAUGAGCAAGAGGAGAUAGUUCCCAUGAUUAUAUUAUCGCAUUGCAUGGGUGCCUAUGGAAUCAGGGAGUGGUGUAUUCGCUAUGUUGUCGCGAAACAGACACCGCCAUUAGCUGCGUUCCAAAAGGAAAUCAUUGCUCGCCGAGAUGGACAAAUAUCCAAACUGGACCCGUCGCCGUUCUUCAGGACUGCUGGUGCAGUAGCUCCCGAAAUCAAGGAUUUCAUUGCACUCUUUCCGCAAGGAAUUCUGGAAUAUGUGUACGAAUUAUACACCGUGUAA